ACAACUCAGCCCAUAACAGUUGCCAACCCAAUCAGGCAAAAAUCAGCCUCCAAUGUUUUCAUUAAUUUUCCUCAAUGAGGGCAGGAGCUGCAACCCGUUAAAAGAACACUGGUGUUUCCGUACAUGUGUGUGUAGUGUUUUUUAUUUUUAUUGCACUUAUUGGGGUGACAUUAGUUAAUAAAAUUAUGUAGGUUUCAGGGGUACAGCUCUAUAAUACAUCAUCACUGUAGUGUGUGUCCACCACUCUGAGCCAAGUCUCCCCAUCACUGUUGGUCCCCCCUUUCCUCUCCUGCCUCCCUGUGUGUUUUUUUUUUUUUGACAGAAGCCAUGGUCAUGGACAAAAAGGUCAAGGAGAGCUUUGUGCUGGACACAGUGUCUGCUGUCUGCAGCUACGGCGCCCACUACAAGGACCAUCUCAAGUACUGGUGCCGAGGCUACUACCGGGACUACUGCAACAUCAUCGCCUUCACACCCAACAGCACGGGCCGCGUGGCCCUGAGGGACACGGGGGAGCAGCUCAUCGUCACUGUGUCCUGCCUGACCAAAGAGGACGCGGGCUGGUACUGGUGCGGCAUCCAGCGGGACUUUGCCCGGGAUGACAUGGACUUCACCGAGCUGGUCGUGACUGACUACAGAGGAGCCCACACCAGUGACUUUUGGUCUGUGAAGGAUGCGUCAGGGAACAUGAACAGAAGCUGCAGGGCUUCCAAACCUGUGUACAAGGCAGAUCACUACAGGAUGUCCAUUCUCAUCCCCUGCGUACUGAUCACAGGGGUAGGGAUCAUUUCUCUAAUGACUCACUUGUUCAAAAGGAGGAGGAUUCAAAGAAACAGAAGAAGUAAAGGCCUAACUCGAAGCCAGAAAACCAGGCAAGCGGCUUCUGCGUUCGCCACACCUCUGGGUGCUGGCCAGUCUCAGUGCUCAGGAUACUCAAGUGGCCCUUUGGCCUGA